AUGCCUAUAGUGGGAGGUGAAAUGCCCGUUGGUGAGUGUGCGAUGUUACGAGAUCGUCCUGCAUUGCGAUUGGACUCUCGACUUGUAUGUAAAUACGAAAUACUCUCCGUCAUAGGAAAAGGUAGCUUCUCACAGGUUAUGCGGGUGCAGCAUCGGAUAUCUCGAAAGUAUUUCGCUGUAAAAUUAGUUUCUUCCGACUGUGGAUCCGUGAAUAAUGAGCUGAAUAUCCUCAGUCGAGUAUCACAUCCGUUCGUUAUACGAUACUCAGAAUCAGAAGCGCGGCAAGCGUUAAAGAUGCUCCUCAACGGGCUAGCAUACCUCCAUUCUCUGCGAAUUACGCAUCGAGAUUUAAAGCCAGAGAAUCUGUUAUACAGUGAUACCAGGCCCGAUGCUAGGUAG